AUGCAGGCCUCGUGGGUGGAGUAUGUACAUUCCUCCAAUCAUUAUCCGCACCUUUCAUAUACACAUUUGCACCCGACUUGCCGUACUAAUCGUUGAUUCUAGUAUCGUCGGUUCGAGAACCUUCAAGUUCAUUGUCGGUGAAGAUAUAGACGGUAAAGCUACUGAAUUCGAAGUGUAUGAGGAGGCGAUUACCGGACUUUCUGAAAACCUUAGGGCUACGAUGACGGGUUAUAUGGUUGAGGCAGUGGAAGGGCGUGUGGUUUGGAAGGAUGUCAGCAAACAAACCUUCGAGCAAUUCUGUCAGUUUGCAAUGAUGGGAGGCUAUUCGAUUCCGGAACCCGAGCGGAGGGAGGAGGCAGGGCCCGAGGACUUUCUCGACUCCGAAGUAGAAGCAGAGCCAGAGCCAGAGUAUCCAUCAGCCACGGAUCUCGAACUCGUCGAGCGCAUGAACAAAGAUGAAGCCAAUUCUUCGAUCUCAGAGGAGGGCUCGAGAAAGAAACCUGCUUGCUUGCCUUGCUCGCUUUUUCCUUUAUUGUCAUAUCCACUUAUUGCACCGCGCUCGAUAUUUUCGGAUACUUUCGAGCCUUUCGAUCUUUUUCUCAAAAGUCGCAGCUACUCCAAC